AUGGAAGGGAUCUCUGCACGCACGCACACAGCGCUGUCAGCCCUGCUAGCAGACUGCACGUACGUGGGCAUGGUGGACGACAGGCGCCUGCUGCUGCAGCACUCCACGUCGCUCUACCUCGUUGAUGCUGUCAACAUCAGGUGUGGUGGGGGCACGAGGUGGGAUGGGAACUGUGCAUCAGAGGCUGGCUAUCAGCGUCAGGUCAAGGAGCUGAUGUGGCAGCAGGCGAUUCGCCGCUUUGCGCGCUUCACAUGCAUGACGCUGCACCCGCCUCCACUGCUCGCUGACCUGCUGCUGCUGGCGCUGGAGGAGGAGGAGAGGACGGGUGGGCGCACACAAACUCACGAGUGCAAGCAGGAGACGGUGGAGGCAUGGGUGGCGGCAGUGCAGGGCAAGGCGGAGAUGCUAUCAGAGUAUUUCGCCCUCACCAUCGCCCCGGACGGUCAUCUGCUCUCGCUGCCCUUGCUGCUGGACCACCACACGCCCGACCUCACCCGCCUGCCUUCCCUCGCACUCGCUCUCGCCACUCAGGUGGAGUGGGACGAAGAGAAGGCCUGCUUUGCCUCGCUCGCGGCUGCACUGGCGGACAUGUUUGCCUUCCAUGCACCGCUGCUGCCGCGCCCCUCUGCCAACCAGCAAGGGAAGGAACCCAGUGAUGAGGACGGGGAUGGGGAUGGGGAUGGGGAUGGGGAUGGGGAUGGGGAUGGGGAUGCAAGCAGGAAGCGGAAAGAACAGCGUUUGGAAGGGGCUGCGGGUGAGGAGAGUGGUCGGGGUGGGAGGGAGGCUGAAGUGGCUGCAUCCGCAGCUGGUGUGAGUGGGAGUGAAGUGGGCGGAGCUGAAGUGGGAGUGAGUGAGGAAGGUGGUGAUGAAGAGGGGAUGAGUGAGGGGGAGGUGGAGGCGAUGUGGCGGCAGUGGGAGUGGAGCAUUCAGCAUGUGCUGCUGCCCGCACUCAAGUUCUUCCUCAAGCCCCCCAAGCGCAUGGCCAGGGACGGCACCUUCAUCAAGAUUGCGUCACUUGAGAACCUCUACAAGAUAUUUGAGCGCUGCUGA